UCAGUAAUUAUGGCUGGGGAAUAUUUGAAAUAGUUAAUGCACAGUCUAUAAUUGAAAAUAAUCAAGUUGAGAUUUUGACAUACAGAAAUAGUUUACAACAGGUGUGUUUAUUAUGUACAAUUACUGAUGCCCUAGUUAUUAGUUAUACAAGUUAAAUAAUAUAAUAAUAUGUUAUUAUUAUUAUUAUUUACAUACUAUCAACUUUCCAUUUAAGGGUAAUAAUAUAACUACAUAAACUUAUCUAGACUUGUGCAAACAUUUCCAAAUCUUUUGUAAUCUUUUUUCCAAAUUUAUUUGAAAUGACUCAUUCCAUUUCAAUGAGCCCCUCUGAGUACAGAGAUAAUGUAUCUCCUUUUAAUUUCCUCUGAAUUCAACUAGGUUAGGUGAGAAAGGACACACUAAUAGCCACGGUAACAAAAACUUUUCUAAGCCUCUUCAGAUGUUGAGGAAACCACUUUUCUUCUAUAUGGCAUUCAGCUUUUUGUGCUCUGAGUUACAUCAAAUCUUUGUAUUCAGCAUAGCAGAUGGAGUACAUUAGUUGAAAAGGUGUUUUUCAAGGCUUAUUAUGUUGAAAUGCAUGCAGGGUUACGCAACCAGAGCUGUCUUUAUCAUUUCCAUAAGACACAUCAUCCUGUUUCUCUUCCACCUGUGAGAACACACACAAGCGUCUGCACAGCCUCCCACUGAUUUCGGACUUGGUCACCAUGGAGAUCCCCUUCAAGUGCAACUGAUGAACCAGUUGGAUUGUAUCGGUCUCUCAUGCCUCUUUUGUGCAGCGCGGUGAUUGUGUAGCGAUGAUUCACUGCUCUGGGGUCAGCGCUUGGUUUGUUCAGGCUGUGCUAAAUGUAGUGUCAUCUGUACAUUAGACGGGAGACAGGCUUGCUCUUCCCUGUAGAAGAGAUCUUCAUGGGUUUUCGAAAGACGCACCGGCACUCGGCUUCAGAGACCUUGCUGAAGAUCCUGAGGAGGAGGCGCAGCUCAGCUGUGGAAGUCUUGACUUCUUCUUCAGAAAGGAUCAUUAUGGCACUUAGCAUGUCCGAGGCACAGACUGGCAUCACAGACUGUGGAUUGAAUGUCAGAGUACCCACUGCAAAGUACACCAAGGUGGGCGAGACGUUGAGGCAUGUCAUCCCAGGACAUAUGCAGUGCUCCAUGGCAUGUGGCGGUCGAGCGUGCAAAUACGAAAACCCUUCUCGCUGGAGCGACAAAGAACAAGCCAUCAAAGGACUGUACUCCUCCUGGAUAACUGAUAAUCUGUUAGCCAUGGCAAGACCUUCAACUGAAAUCAUUGAAAAAUUCAACGUCAUCGAACAGUUUCAUGCGUGUGGCUUAAAGACAAUAAUCAACCUGCAGCGUCCAGGGGAACACGCCAGCUGUGGCAGCACUCUGGAGUCAGAGAGCGGUUUCACCUAUCGCCCAGAGGUUUUCAUGGAGGCGGGGAUUUAUUUUUAUAACUUCGGCUGGAAGGACUAUGGCGUGGCAUCCUUGACUACUAUCCUUGACAUGGUGAAGGUGAUGUCAUUUGCCAUGCAAGAGGGAAAAAUGGCUGUCCACUGCCAUGCGGGACUCGGCAGAACAGGUGUCUUAAUUGCAUGCUUCUUAGUAUUCACAUCCCGGAUGAGUGCAGAUCAGGCCAUUCUGUUUGUUAGAGCUAAACGUCCAAAUUCCAUCCAGACUCGUGGCCAACUGUUGUGUGUGCGAGAGUUCGCUCAGUUCCUUGUGCCACUGCGGAGUGUGUUCUCGUGUGCCGAGCCCAAAGCUCACACAGUCACGUUGUCGCAGUACCUGACUCGUCAGCGGCACCUGCUGCACGGCUAUGAAGCACGUCUCAUGAAGAACGUGCCGAAGAUCGUACACCUGGUCUGCAGGCUUCUACUGGACAUAGCAGAGAACCGGCAAACGGUGGAAGAGGAGGUGUUGGACAUCCCGGACCUCACCGAGGAAGUGGAGAAGACAGUCUCGCUGCAAGCGCUUCAGCAGUUAGGAAAGGAGAUGAGGGGGAAAGGGAUUCCCAUAUCCUUACCUCGCUCUCCUGACCAACCCAGCCAGUGUGAUCCACCUCAUGACCGGCCGCUCUGUAGCGAACAGGAAUUUGAUGUGCUUUGGAGAUGGCCGACGGUAGACAAUACCUAUAAGUCUCAGCUCAUCUUGAAGAAAUGUUUUAGCUAUAGCGACUCCGCCUUGCACAGACUGGAUUCCAGGGUGCAGGUACUGCAAAGUCCCCAGAAUGCUCUUGGCAGCAAAUCUGGGUUAAACUUUACAGAGGUUUAUGUGUCGCAGAGCAGAUUAGCUACACAAACCCCUGACCUUCUGCCGUCCCCGUUGGCAUCCGAAAUCAGCAACAGUCCCAAACAUGGCUCUUUAACUGGAUCCUGUAGUUCCUUGGUGCAAUCCAAAAAAGUGGAAGGCCAAGCAUCCUGCUCUCCUGUCUCCAUAAAACGGGUACCUCUGAAGGAGGCGAAGCGCAGCAUGUCCUAUGGGUUUUUAGGGAGGACCAGUGAUGGGAUGUUUUCAACGCAUCAAGGUGGCAAAAGUCAUCCCAGCCCUAAUGAAAACACAAGCUCUGAAGUCACACAACAACUGACAGAUGUUCCUACGCUGACUCUUCAGAGUGAACUCCCACCUGAGACUCGUCGACUGUUUGUGGCCAAAGUUCUGACGAUGGACAUCGAUGGAGAUGACUUCAGGAGCACAGUCUCAAUGUGGCAGACAGAGCUGAACUCCCGUGAAGGUGCAUGGGAGAGGCUGUGCACUGAGAGAGAUCCCGUGGUGCUCUCCACGCUCAUGUGGUCGUGGCUAGAACAACUCAAGGAGCCAGUCAUCACAAAAGAGGAUGUGGAGACUUUGGCUGGAAACAGAUUAAAUCCCCAACAUGCUCUGAAUUCACUGGACAAGGGACAAAAACAAACCCUUCUGUGUAUUCUUGACUGUGUUGCUCAUUUGCUUAAAAUACCAGAGGAGGUUGAGAAUGCCUUUUUUGAACGCACAAUCAAAGCAUUCACUCGGAUUUCCUUAGAUUCCGAGAAUGGAGAGUUCAUCUGUAAGACUCUGAAAGACGUCAUGAUCCCUGUCAUCCAUGAUUUGAGAGCGAAAGCAAUGGAGGAGCUCGAGCUGACCUGCCACUGUUCCCAUGUACCCUGAUCAAGAAGA